AUGGGAUGCCCAAAGAGAAUCAUUGUUGGUUUUUUAACCUUUCUUGGAUUCCUCAUUUUCUUUGGCUUCAGGACAGUGUUUACCAUGGUUAUGGUCUAUGUCAUCAAAGAAAAUGACAACACCGGUGUUUCCUUGUUUGACAAGUGCUCCUUAAAUGGAACCUCAAAUGACCUACAAUUAGAUUGGAGUGUAUCACUGUCGCAGUAUCUCAGCACGGCUUAUUUUCUGGGAUACUUAGUAACUCAAUUGCCAGGAGGAUAUUUAGCUGUCCGGUUUUCUCCAACAAAAGUGUUCGGAGGAGCCAUUCUUAUAAGUGCGUCCUGUUUUGUGAUUAUGGCAUUUUUCAUGAGGUACAGUCCAAUUAUAGCUUAUGCUGCUAGAAUUAUCCAAGGACUUGCAGAGGGCACGUGUCAACCUGCUAUGGGUGCUGUAAUGUCCUCCUGGGCCCCAAAAUCGGAACGAGCAAGAAUGGUGGGACUAUCGUAUUCUGGUAUCUACCUGAGCGCAUCUAUGGGAUCUGCUAUAGCGGGAACCACAACGUGUUAUGUCAGCUGGAAUUCUGCACUCUUUAUCUAUGGAGGUUUGGGUAUUCUUUGGUCCUUUGUUUGGUUUUGUACGGUAUAUGACAGUCCAUUGAUGCAUCCCUCACUGAGCGAAAAGGAGAGGGAAAUAUUUGAGAAAGAAGGUUCCAAUAUCUUAAAGUCUUCUUCAGAUCUUGCUAAAAGUGUUCCUUGGAGAAAGUUAUUGACGUCACUUCCUGUUUGGGCCUUAUACUUGGCAAAUUUCACAAGAUCCUGGGUCUUUGCUAUGAUCAUUUUCGAAAUACCUCAGUAUUUUACGGAUGCAUUUGCUCUUAAUGUAUCAACGAUUGGAUUCUUGACUUGCUUUCCUCCAAUUCUUAUGACCGUGUCUGUGGUAUUUGGAGGAAUCUUCGUUGACAAAUUAGUGAAAACAGAGAAAAUCUCCGUUACUGUUGGGCGUAAAUUUUCUCUCGUUAUAGGUUUCGGAUGCGAGGCGUUGUGUAUUUUAGCUCUAGGUUUCGUUAGAGAUUACACCGCAGCCGCUGUUCUCAUAGUUGUUGCGGAGGGACUUGCGGGAUUGUCUAUUGCAAGUUUUAAAGUAAAUCCUGUUGACUUAGCCCCUCAAUAUGCCAGUGUUCUGACGGGUAUAGUGAGGUCGGGGGUGCUAGGGGCCGCUAUUGGUACAGCGAUUGCUGGAGCUCUCAGAGAGAAGAAUGCACAUUCCUGGUACAGAAUCUUCUUCAUCACCGGAUCAGUACAUUUAUUUGCUGUUAUUUUCUACUCUGUGUUUGGAUCUGGACAACAACAAAAAUGGGCUCAGACAGAAUAUACUAUGCUCGAUAUACCAAAAGGUGAUUCAGCAUACGGGUCUACCGUCAUAUCACUCGAUAAAACCAAAGAAAACCUCUCAGGAAUCAAGGAGUCUAUUGCAGAGGAAAAUCACAGUGGCAUCAUUUCAUACGAUAUUACUGGCAGCAAAUAACUAGUUA